CUGCUCUUCCACAUCUUCGCCAAGUUGCCUUCUUCUCUUCAGUUAUAGGAGGAGAAGAAGAAAAACGAUUUUUUCUUCUUUCAAAACUAUCAGUUGAAAGGAAUGAUGUUGAAGUUUUUUGCAUGGUUCAUAGUUUUGUCAUGUGCAACUGCCCUUUCAAGCAGGAAGCUUGAAGGUUUUCCUUUACUAAAACCUCCAGACUUCAACCUCUCAGGAUCCGUUGUUCAAGGACACGACGACACCCAUGUGUUGAAGCAUGCAGGUCUCAACAGCUCGGCAAAAGUGGACGAAAAGGACGAAUACUACAAGCAACAUUACAAAAUUUUUCAGUCUGAGAAAUCAAAGGGUGGAAAGGGUGCAUACGGUGGUGCAAAUGUUCCCCACCAUCCCAACAAGAAAAACGCAGCUCCACCGCUCCUCAACCCACCUUGCUUUCUGUUCACUGUUGCGUUACAUGCAAUCUUCACCCUUAUCCUAUCAUCUCCAGCUUUAUUUCUCACCAUCUUCUGACGAUCACCUACAUCCCCAUAAGCAAAAGAAACAAGACCAACGACGAUCCAAUUUAGCGCCUGCUGAAGUUGAGGAUCAGUGUCUUGAUUUGAAGUCUUUCUUUCUUUUUUUAGUUGCAGCUUGUUCCUACUU